AUGGUCAAGACUUCCGUCCUCAACGAUGCGCUCAAUGCCAUCAACAACGCCGAGAAGACCGGCAAGCGCCAGGUCAUGAUCCGACCAUCCUCCAAGGUCAUCGUCAAGUUCCUCCAGGUCAUGCAGCGCCACGGCUACAUCGGCGAGUUCGAGGAGGUCGACGACCACCGCAACGGCAAGAUCGUCAUUCAGCUGAACGGCCGCCUCAACAAGACCGGUGUCAUCAGCCCUCGCUACAACAUCCAGCUCCGCGAUAUGGAGAAGUGGGUCACCAAGCUCCUUCCCUCGCGUCAGUUCGGAUACGUCGUCCUCACCACCUCUGCCGGUAUCAUGGACCACGAGGAGGCCAGGAGAAAGCACGUCGCUGGCAAGAUCCUUGGUUUCUUCUACUAG